AAAUGUGGCCCAAUGACGGGAAUCCUGGAUUAAGCAAUAGCCAGAUAGCCAUCAAAAAACCCUAACCCUAACAAAAACCUCUCCGCUUCACUGUCUUCACCUUCUUGUCCAAAAUUUGUGCUUCCAAAUAUGGCCAAUGCCUUUAUGGCCAUGAGAAGCCUGCUUUCUCUUGCACAAAAACGUUUCAUCAACACAUCUGUUAUACUUCCCACUGCUUCAUCAUCAUUUACUGCUGAAUAUCUCAUCAAGACAUGCGGGCUUCCUUUACAACCAGGCCUUUCAGUUAAGCUCCUAAACGAUGAAAAUAACCUCCAAAACUCGCAAGCUGUAGUCGAAUUCCUUAAAUCUCACCAUUUUAAGGAUGCCCACAUCGCCAAAAUGGUCCAAAAGUGUCCUGCUGUCCUCCGCUGCAAAGUUGAGGACAAUCUGGAGCCCAAAUUUGACUUCUUCAUUAAAAAUGGAUUUGAGGGUCAGCUUCUGCCCCAAAUUCUGAUGUCAGAUCCGAGAAUUUUGGUAUGCAAAUUAGAUACUCGCAUUAAGCCAUGUUUAGAACUUUUGAAGCCAUUUCUUGGCAGUAAUGAGAAUAUCAUAGCUGUUCUUAAGCGUGCUUCGUGGUUAUUGACAUAUAGUUUCAAGUCAUGUGUGCAACCAAAUAUUGAUUUCCUGAUUAAAGAGGGGUUGCCUCUUGAUAAGAUGGCAAAACUGUUAAUGUCGUACCCAAGAACCAUACUAAUUAAGCAUGAUAGGAUGGUUUCUGCAGCAAAUUAUCUUAAGAAUUUGGGGCUUGAACCAAAGGCUCCUAUGUUUAUCCACGCUUUUAGGGUGAUGGUACAAUUGAGCGAACCAACUUGGAAGAAGAAAAUUGAGGCUUGGAAGAGCGCUGGCUGGAGCGAAGGGGAGAUUCUGGGGACUUUUAAGCGAUUCCCUUUUCUUUUAUCAUGUUCAGAGGAGAAAAUCAGUUGCAUGAUGGAUUUCUUCGUGAAUACAGUGAAGCUGGGACACCAGACUAUUACUGCAAAUCCCUCAAUUUUCAAGUAUUCGUUCGAUAAGAGGAUUUAUCCGAGGUAUAAUGUUUUGAAAGUUUUGGAGUCAAAGAAGCUAAUUAGAGUCAGGAAGACUGCAACUUUCUUAAAAAUAAGCGAGGAGAAGUUCUUGGAGAAUUAUAUUACCAAGUACGAGGGCAAAGUUCCUGGUUUAUUGGAGAUAUAUGGGAGCAUUAGAAAAACAAAGGGACUAUAACUUGAUGGCGAAAUACAGUUGAUUGUUCCAUGUUUUCCAAGGAGCUAGAUGGAGGUUCUUCAACAAGUAUUAGCGAGGGCAGAAAGCAAGUAUGUUGGUUUUGUUAUGGUGAGAAACUGCAUGGCCACUGGCAUUGUAGCUUUUAGGGAGCUGUUAUUCAUUGCAUAUGUGUGAUUUAGAAUCGUGUUAGAGAAGUCCUCUUUUUAUGAACACAUAGACACACAUAUAUACAUUUGUAAUUCAUAGGAAAUACAUUGAAUCUAAUACAAAAACUCGGCAUAAUAUUUAUGUGCUGAAUUCUCAUUUUCUUCUUCUUUUUA